AUGACGACGACGACUCAUCCCUUACAGAGCCAGGACUCCUCGGGCAUAGACGAAGCCACCUUCCAAACGAUCCGCUUUGUGUUCAGCGUGAUUCUCUUCCCAGCCGUGGGCGUCAUAGGCACUGUGUCCAAUUUCUUCGCCAUCGUGGUUUUGGCAAAGCAGGGCUUGACACAUUCCAGCAAUGUGUCCAUGUUCAACAUGGCGAUAGCGGAGUUCCUAGUCUCAGCUCUCGUGCUCUGUGUCUACACCGACGGCCUUAUUGGUGACUUCAACUCCCCGGCAGUGAGAGCCUUCUUGAAGAUCCGUGACGAGAUCAUCUACCCUAUCCGCGCCGUGACGCGCAGUGUGUCCUCGCUGUGUGUGCCUCUCAUGACCAUAGAACGAUUCGUCGCCAUCUGCUUUCCCUUCGCCGCCUCCGGAGUCUUCUCCAAGCGUAAGACCAUCAUCUUCCACCUGUGCCUGUGGCUGGUCGUGGUGCUGUACAUGUUACCCAGCAGCGUUCUGGACGUCUUCGAGUAUGAACGAAAGGAGACGAUACCGUACGCCACGACCACCUGUCUCAGUGUCGCUAUCGGAGUCCGCCUCAGAAGGACGGUCAUCUGGAGAAAGAAGCAGCAGCAGCAGUCCUUCUUCAACGCCAUCAACAGAAACUCGGGGCGGGUCACCAAGAUCAUUCUCGUCCUCGCCGUGUUCUUCAUCAUCAGCCAACUGCCCUACAACUACCUGUGUGCUGUCUGUUUUGUGGACAAGACCUACUGCCUGCACACGAAGUCCAGGGCGUUCAUGGUGAAUAGAUACUGGAUCUCCUUCGUGGGCAGUCUCAACUACACCACCACCUUCUACGUCUACCUUGCCUUCAACGAGAGGUUCAGGAAGAUUUUCAUCGACACUUUCUUCCGGUGUUGUAACGGCUCUCGUGGGAUUGUUGUUAGUAAAACAUGA